AUGAGUGAUGAUUCAAAGCAAAAUCAUGUAUCCUUAUUGAACAGAAUUCCAGAGAUAGCAAUGAAUUCUCCAAUUAUUGGCUAUGAUCUGGCUGAUAAAGUGAAUGAAUUACCAUUCUUGCAAGAAUAUCCUGAAACACGCGAUAAUUGUUUUUGCGGAGAACCUAUUACAAAUCAUAGUUAUAAUACUUGUACAAUUUGCGGCUGCAGAGUUCAUCAUGAUUGUUAUCCAAGCCUCGAUAAACAAACGAAUCCAUUAAUAUGCAUACAAUGCCAACAAAAAGCAUGCAAUCAAAUUUUAGGAAGUACUAUUGAUCAGAUUAGAAAUAUAGAAGAAAAUUUAACAAAAAUUACCGAAAUUCUUGAUCAAUACAAAACUCCUGCGAAUUCUCGAGCUGCUGGAGAUAUAUUUGGAAAUAUUAAAAAUGGAGCAGAGCCUUCUCAGUUAGAAAUUAGCUUAUCUAAAACAUUAGAAGAAUGUUCAAGUCAUUGGAAAGAUAUUAUCAAAUGCGUUGAAAACAUUCAAGAUGUUACUAGUCGAGAUUUAUUCGAUGACGAAAAAUUAUAA